AUGGCCGAGGGGACACUGCUGCUGACGGAACUGUUCCUCCUGCUGGUCAUCUCCCUGCUGGUCUUUCAGCUUCUGAAGCUGCAAUGGGCACGGAGGAAGCUCCCCCCGGGACCGAUACCCCUCCCCAUGAUUGGCAACCUGUGGUAUCUUGACUUUGAGCUGGAAGGAAAGGUUCUGACGAAGCUAGCCGGCGUCUAUGGAAACAUCUUCACUGUGUGGAUGGGACCGACCCCGGUCGUUGUGCUGAACGGGUACAAGACCGUCUCCGAGGGCCUUAUUUUGGAAGAGUUUUGCGGAAGGCCUCUGACGCCGUUCUACAGGGAUAUGAUGGGAGACAAAGGAGUUUUCCUUACCAGCGGCCAUACUUGGAAACAGCAGAGACGCUUUGCCUUCACCGCCCUCAGGAACCUGGCGACGACCAUCCAGCAACGCAUACAAGAGGAAGCCGACUAUCUUGUGAAGGUGUUGACGAGCAAGCAAGGGUCAGCUUUUGAGCCUAAGCCAGACAUGAUCCAUGCUGUCGCCAACGUCAUCUGCGCCGCCGUGUUCGGUCACCGCUUUAGCGACGAGGACCACUCUCUCGACAAGAUGAUAAAAGCCAUCUACUUAAUCAUCUUUGUCCCGUCCACUUCGUGGGGCAGGCUGUAUGAUGCUUUCCCAAGGUUUAUGCACCGUCUGCCAGGACGCCACCAGCGGGUCUUGGAAUACAAUGACUUCCUGCAUGAGGUGGUGAGGGCGGAGGUCCAAAGCCACAAGGCAAAAUGGAAAGAAGGGAACAAGCCGCAGGAUCUUAUUGACUUCUACCUGGAUCACAUGGAAAAGACCAAAGACGACCCAACCUCCACUUUCAGUGAGGAUAACAUGGUUCAAAUUAUGGUCGACCUUUUAAUUGGCGGGUCCGAGAACACGGCUUCCCUCCUGUCUGGAGCACUGCUCUUAAUGAUAAAACACCCAGAGGUUCAAGAAAAAGUGCUCGAGGAAGUCAAUGCCGUUCUGGAACCUUCCCAAGCCGUCUGUUACGAGGAUCGGAAAAAACUGCCAUACACCACCGCCGUGAUUCAUGAGAUACUUCGUUUCAUCAACAUUGUAGGCACCGGUCCUUUCCGGCUAUGUCUGAAGGACACCACAAUGCUUGGGCGCCCCAUUGCUAAGGGAACUCUUAUACUGCCUAACUUGGCCUCUGUGAUGGCUGACCCGGAGCACUGGGAAUCGCCUUUCGAAUUCAAUCCUGGGCACUUCCUUGACGCCAAGGGCGACUUUGUCCCCCAAAAAGCCUUCCUAGCUUUCGGAAUAGGGCGCCGCGGGUGCCUGGGAGAACACAUGGCCUGGGUAGAGUUCUUCGUCUUCUUCAUCACCCUGAUCCGCGCAUUUGUCAUCCAGCUGCCGGAGGGAGAGCCGGACCUAAACCUCAACGGCAUACAGCAGUCUCCACGGCAACACCCCUAUAAGCUCCGUUUCGUUCCCCGUCAAAGCAGCUCGGCCUAG